CUCCUGAAAUCGUCGUAAAAAGUGGGAAAUUCUUCACGUUUUCCAUUAAUUUCGUGUUAUAUUCGUGAGGAACUUUGUGUGGAAUGAGUUCAGCUGAUUAAAAUCAUCCCGCAAACAUAGAAUAGCGCCGGUGAACGACCCGCAACGAAUACCGGAAUCUACAUUCCCGCGGAAAUUGUGUCAGGCCGGCCGCGCAUCUUGAAGGCUUUUUUUUUUCUUUUGGUUCGCACAUCAUGGAUACGCUAAUAGCGAACGUGGAUAGCUGGACGUUCAAGAUCGAGAAGGACCUGAGCGAACAGUAUGGAGCGCUCGCACUGCCCUUUCCCGGGAUGGACAAAUCCACCGCGGCCGUUUGCCAGUUUUUCAACGCUUCCGAUGGGAUGGAGUGCAAAAAGGGCAACUCGUGCCCGUUCCGGCACAUCCGAGGUGAUCGGACGAUCGUGUGUAAGCACUGGCUGCGCGGUCUGUGCAAGAAGGGCGACCAGUGCGAGUUCCUGCACGAGUACGACAUGACCAAGAUGCCCGAGUGUUAUUUCUACUCCCGCUUCAACGCCUGCCACAACAAGGAGUGUCCCUUUCUGCACAUCGACCCCGAGAGCAAAAUCAAAGACUGUCCCUGGUACGACCGAGGGUUCUGCCGGCACGGUCCCAACUGCCGGCAUCGGCACGUGCGCCGGGUACUGUGCAAUAACUAUCUGGCCGGCUUCUGUCCGGAUGGGUCGGAGUGCAAGUACAUGCAUCCACGGUUCGAGCUGCCACCGCCACCGGAAAUCAAGGAUCAAACACCGAAACGACCCACCACCUGCCAUUACUGCGGUGAGGUGGGUCACAAGGCGUGCUACUGUCCAAAGAUGCCUCAAGAGCAACGGGAAGCUACGCUGCGAAUGGAAGACCUCAAGUAUCGGGCUCUCGGGUACUACAAGCAUCGUGCGCACCAAGAUGGUGGAAAUAAUCCCGGAGGCGAGGAAGCUGGCAACUUUAUGCACCAGAAACCACCACCGAGGCCUAUAGAAGAGAUCACAUGUUUCAAGUGUGGCAUGAAGGGCCAUUAUGCCAACAAGUGCACCAAAGGGCCUUUUGCAUUCCUUAACAGCGGCCAGCGGAAAUAGUGUGCAUCAGAACCUCCACCACCUCAUUAUCAGGCUCGUUUUCGGUUUUAAGAUUUCUAGAAUAAGCAAUAAAGCAGAGAUUUAUGUCCAGCUGCCCCGGGCAACCCCGUGGUAUGCGUAACGAA